AUGAUAACAUGUAUGCAGACCCGGCUUGCCCUGCCAUCGUUGAAUGCACGAGUGAUAUUGACUGUUCUCCUUGUUAGGCAAGAGUUCUACGUGCGUUUCAAGGGACCGGAAGAGACACCCUUCGCCGGUGGCCACUGGAAGAUCCACGUCGAACUACCCGAUCAAUACCCAUACAAGAGCCCGAGUAUCGGGUUUGUGAACCGGAUUUUCCACCCGAACAUCGAUGAGCUGUCGGGUUCCGUUUGUUUGGAUGUAAUAAACCAAACAUGGUCGCCCAUGUACGAUAUGAUCAACAUCUUCGAAGUCUUCCUUCCUCAGCUCCUGCGCUACCCCAACCCUUCGGACCCUCUGAACGGUGAAGCAGCUGCUAUGCUCAUGCGGGAGCCGAAAAGCUACGAGGCAAAGGUCAAGGAAUACGUAGCCAAGUACGCCAGCAAAGAGGCCGUCGACGAAGCCGGAGAAGACACAGAGUCGGAAGACGAACUGAGCUCGGCAGGCAGUUACGAGUCCGGCGGCGAAGAGCCGGCCGGUACAAUGGACGACGUCUAG